UCACCCAGUCAACGAAUGGAAACCAAUCAUAGACUCUAGAUACAUUUCAAAAGAGUUUCAAUCUUUAUUCGAAUUCGGGGGUGCUCCAAUCCACAUUUGUGGACACGUUGAUGGGACGGCAGGCACAAAUUUGCGGCAUUGCAGCGUCUGAAACGAGGCUGGAAAAUAGUUUAUGACUGUCUGGGAGUGCCUGAAAGGAUGGAAGGGUAAUGUUUACCAGUACCAAGCUCCGAACAGAUCGGGGAUGCCCUUGAAGAUCCAACGUAUUGCACACCAGCUCGCAGCCCUAAAAACCGUGUCAUCUGUGGAGUUAAAGGGCUGCGCGAUGGCCAAGCAACAAGGUCAAGCGGAUGCUUUUGAUAGACAGGUUCCAGUACACAUCCUGCACCGAAAUCACAGUCGAAGGCUUCAGUCAAGCUGCCACGCUGGAAGUGACAUUUACCGUGAUGCGCGUGCCUUAGCUCCCCCGAAAGAGAUACCCCUGAAGAAUUUCGAGACGGUUGUGGAAAUGUGAGAUUCACCUUAAAAAAAUAUUGUCCUAAGUUAAGGUAAGGUUUUUCUUUUUAUA